UGGGACUAAGAUUUUGUGUAACCUCAACUGACAUUAAUAUAUUACUUUUCUUACUUGGAUUUCUGCUUCUAUGGAUGAUAUUUACCAUUGAAGAGAGGACAGUUGAGAAAGUUUGCAAGGCAGGAGUUUAUUUAUGUAUUGGGCUCAGUCGGCUCUGCCUAUCACUAGUCCCAGUGCGGCGGAUGAUCUUCCGGCUGUUAAUGCCCAUCUUCCACUUCUGUGCAUUUUUCUUUCAUGUGAUGCUUCAACUACAUCAUAAAUCUGAACAGGCUUACAGAGUUUCAUAUGUUAGGAAUUUGUCUUUAUUUGAAACCAUUGAGUUCAUUAAUAAACGUAAUGAGCAUGUCCACAAUGAGAAAUAUCACAAGCAGAAAGCUCAACGACACUUAGCUUUGAUUGUCUUUAACCUACUGGAGGCCCUAAGGCAGCUAUAUGAGUUUCCAUUGCAGUUACUGCAGGUGAUACCACCUCUGUGUUAUGUUAUAUUUCACCUCUUGGAAAGUGUCUUCUGCUUUUUAAUUAGUCUGCUGAAUCCAGUACAAGAAGCAGUGAAAAGACUGAGUGAAAACAAAUCAUUUUCAGUGAAUCAGGAUCAGGAUCAGAAUGAAGAGACAAGCUUCUCAAACUCUCACAGUACUUCUCAGGAACCUGAAAGCCAUAGUAGAAGUAAUGGAAAAAAUGCAUUGAAAGACUGGUUCAGGAUAGAACUUCAGCGAAUAUUCUUCACUGAGAUGGUCCUAAAACGUUGGAAUAUGCCACCACAACACCUAAUGGAAUCAAAUCUCAUAGAUAUUCUAAUAAACUUAUGGUUUAUGUCAGCUUCAGAGGUGGAUUUAGGAACCCAGUCUAGAGUUCCUAAAGUAUAAAUCUUUAACUA